AUGCUUGAGGAGAACGCGGGGUCAAUGGCCAGGAACGCGGUCACCCUCGAUGACGAGGAUGCAGCCGAAGGGCCGCUGAGCGCCGUGGCGUGGGCGGUGGCGCUCGCCUUCCCGACGAAGGGCGACAGCGGGUGGGGCUGGCAGCACCAGCGGUGGAGCUGGCCCGCCUGGUGGGACUUCGUGGGAAGGUGCUUGCAGGGAUUCACGCCGGGCCAUGCCUUCAGGGUCCUGUGCAUCAUGCUGGAGUGCAUGGUCAAGCAGGACGGCGGCACUCUGAUCCACGACAUGCCCACCUGGAAGGAGGAUCCCCGCCGGCUCCAGGAGCUGCGCCGCCGCCUCUGCAAGACGGGCGGGCUGAGCGGGCUCGAGGAGCUCCUGGAGCGGCUGCCGCACCUCGGCGUGGACUGA